CGAUUAUAAGAGUGGCUUGGUAUUGUUAGUCGCAGUCAACUCAAUGCAAACGGAAGUAAUUGCUACUUGUUACCGGACCUGCAAAUUCUUUGAUAUUGCAUGUUUCAUUGUUUUGAAAAUGGUCGACAAUUAACUCGUGCCCGGCUCAUCGGGCUUUAUUGACUUACGAUAUAUAAAAGACACGAAGCCAUUCACAAUUCUGCAGUUUGUGCCAAUAAGUUAUAAGAGCGAACGAUCUUUUCGAUGAGAGGUGAAAGAUGUUUCGUUAUUUACUGCUGACAUUGCUUAUUGUCAUUGAUAUGACUACAACAGCAUACGAAUUACCGAAAUUCUUUGGAAAGAAUAUUCACUGGACGGGCGGCAGCAAUAUUGAUUGGCCAUGUGCCACUACGAAGAACAUGUAUAAAAGCAAUGGCAAAUAUAUCAGUAAAAAUGUUAUUGCCACUCGCGCAGCCAUUUACAAAGAUGAGGCAUUUCUUACACUUCCAAGAUAUAGACCGGGUGUGCCAGCAACCUUGGCUAAAAUAAGUCUUAAGGGCAAUCAUUAUCAAUGGAGUAUCAGUCCUUUUCCUAGUUGGACUUUUCAAGAAGAGGGUAAUUGUGCUGCUCUUCAGAGUGUUGUCGAUCUCUUUCUUGAUCCUCAGGGGAUUUUAUGGGUACUGGAUACGGGCAUCGUUAAUUCUUUAGAGAACCCUAUUCGUAAAUGCCCACCUAAGGUUCUUGCUAUCAAUGCGAGGACAGGAAAGGUGGUGAAAACUGUUGACGUUAGUCCGCUAAGCAACGACAGUUCUCGUUUACAAUAUAUUGUGACCGAUUACAGUCACGAUGGACGUGUUUUCAUCUAUGUGUCCGACGCCGCAAAUCGAGCUAUUCUCGUGUUUGACGUGACAUCUGGUCGUGGUUAUCGCGUUAUUUUGCCAAAACCUGUGAGCCUGGGAUGCACGCGACGCGACGUCCUCUACAUGGCUUUGAUUCGUGGCGCAGAUGGCAGCAACUACCUUCUCUUCACAUAUCUCAGCAGUACGAAUUUAUUUUCUAUAAAAACUCUGUACCUGCAGACUGGCUCGGCUUACGGUAAGAUCAACGACCUUGGACCUAAGCACGAUAAGAUCGUUUUUCUUGGAACGGACAAUCGCAGUGUCCUGUAUUUUCGUAAAGAGGGCGAAUCCGAUAUCUAUAGAUGGGACCUCCUGGUCUACCCAAGUAACGAGAGCAUUCAGAGAGUUUACAAAGGUAAUUCCUGUGCUUUUCCGACUCAUGUUAUGCCUGAUUUUAAAAGAGGUCGAAUGCGCGUACUCGAGUCCAAUUUUCCUGAUUUCUUCCAAGGGACCGUUGGAUGCGGCAUUGAUCACACUCUCAAAGUUUUUUAA